GACGAGGAUCGCUCAUGAUUCUGACUCUUCGGGGUCUUCCGCAGCGACCAUCACAGCGGGGGAGAGGUUUUGCAAGCGCCCGCCAAAGCCACAGUCUACACCAGAGCUCAUCGCCUUCUGGAGCCAAUUUUUGAAUUCGAACGCCAAAUCUCUACCACCUUCGAACAGUCUACCAACAAUCAUGGCCGCUCCCGCCGUGCACAGCCCACCACGCCUCGCCCUUCUGCUUUGCGACACGCCCAUGCCCGCCGUGCAGCGCGAGUACGGGGACUACGCGCAGAUCUUCAGAGAUCUUCUGCGGAAUGCGCUGACGGCGUCCAAGUCGGGCGCAACGUCGGACUCGAACUCAGCCUUGAACGGUAACGCCCCACCGCACUUUAUCCUCGACGCCUUCGACGUCGUGCACAAGAUGGAGUACCCGAAGGAGGAGGAGAUAGAGACGUACGAUGCGGUGCUGUUGACGGGAUCUGCCGCCUCCGCCUACGACGACGUCCCCUGGAUCAACAAGCUUGUAGACUGGGUACGUCAUAUUGCCCAGGAUGUACCACAAUUGCGCAUCUUUGGCAUCUGCUUCGGCCACCAGAUCGUCGGCCGCGCUCUCGGUGGCACCUGCGAGCCCAGCGGCUACUGGGAAGUGGGCCCGACGCCGUUUAGGCUGACAGAGGUCGGGAAGAGGGUGUUUGGCGGGAAGGACGAGCUGUACCUUCAACAAAUGCACCGCGACCACGUCCCCGCCGUUCCCGCCGGCUUCGAGCUGCUCGGCUCGACGCCAGUGUGCCCGAAUCAGGGGAUGGUGCAGUUUUAUGAGGGCGAUGGGGAAGCGAACGACCCCCGCCGCAUCCACAUCCUCACCGUGCAGGGCCACCCGGAGUUCACGGCGGAGAUCGUGGACAAGAUGGUCGAUGCGAGGGCGGCGAGCGGCGUCAUUCCCCCGGACACGGCCAAGGACUACGCCCGGCGGCGCGCGUGGACGAAUGAUGGAGUCACUGCUGUCGGAAGGGUGAUUUGGGCGAGUUUGGGCGUGGUCUAAGGCCGGCGGCCACUGACAGGCUUCAAGCAUUUGCUCUUGCAUACGGUGAUUUGCUCUUGCAUACGGGUGAAAUGCUCUUGCAUACGGUGUCGAUGAAGCGAAAGGGUGAAUUCUCUAUUACAGUAGCCGAACAUCGCAUAACGCGCUCAAGACGGGCUUGAUUGACGUUGAUGAGCGCUGAAGGAUAGGCCUCCCAGUGGGCAUACGCGCGAAGCGAAUCGGGCGAAUCACUCAAUUUCGCUACUGUAGGCUGUCCUUCCUGCCCAUUGUGACACGCUGUCUGUCAU